CGCGGCCCGCCUCGCCGGCGCCCCCGGAACUCGCGAAGUGCGGGGGCGUGGCCGCGGCUGCGCACUGAGCGCCCCGAGGGAAAAUGGCGGAUGACAAGGACUCCAUGCCAAAGGUGAAAGACCUGGCAUUCCUAAAGAAUCAGCUGGAACAUCUGCAGCGGCGACUAGAGGAGGAGGUCAAGACAGGUGUGGAACAGGAAGGCUCGUUCCUGUCAUCUCCUUUUCUCAAGGGUUUCCUGGCUGGCUAUGUAGUUGCCAAGUUAAGAGCAUCUGCAGUAAUGGGCUUCGCAGUUGGUUUAUGCACCGGCAUCUAUGCAGCACAGUCUUAUGCUGUCCCCAACGUCGAGAAGACCUUGCAGGAUUAUCUCCGAUCCCUUCGGAAGGGACCUGACUAGUGUACCUUCAGCACUCCUCCCUCCAGGUCAUCUUUAGGAGGUCUCUCUUGAGGAAGACUUGGAAUCUGGGUCAGCAUGGAUAGGCAGCACACCUGACUAUAUAGUUAUCAAGGAUAGAGUCAGGCUGUCUUGCCCUAUAUCCAGCUUCCCCAGGAUUUUAAUUGCCUCAGCUG